AUGAGAAGCGAGAAGCUAUUAUUGCAAAUAGCAUUCUUAAAUCCAAGGAAUUUAUCAUCCAAAGUACAAAUAAAAAACACAAAAGUCGUCUCCAUCACUAAAAGAUUGAAGAGCAUAGAAUCAAGAUUAUUUCACAGUUUAUUAUUAUCAUCAUCAUCAACCACAACAAACUCUCCAUGGAUGUAUUCGGCAUUAUCUUCUUCCUUGUCAACUUUCUUUUCACAAACACGUUUGAUGUUGUCUUCCUCCAUUUAUCAACAGCAACAACAGAAGCAACAG